ACAGAGAGAGAAAAAGGAAGACUGGCAACAUCUUCAUGGGCAACCUCACAGCGCAGGGUAACAGCAGCGGAGUGGGGCAAGGACUGGCAGUGCGGGCAGUGACAGGCUGCCUCCUUUUCCUCCUCAUUCUCUCCACACUGCUGGGAAACACCCUGGUCUGCCUGGCAGUGAUGAAGUUCCGGCACUUGCGCUCCAAAGUCACCAAUUUCUUUGUCAUCUCGCUGGCGGUGUCCGACCUGUUUGUGGCGGUGCUGGUGAUGCCCUGGAAAGCCCUGAGCGAGGUGGCUGGCCGCUGGCUCUUUGGCCCCUUCUGUGACACCUGGAUUGCCUUCGACAUCAUGUGCUCGACUGCCUCCAUCCUCAACCUGUGCAUCAUCAGCUUGGACAGGUACUGGGCCAUCGCCAGCCCGUUCCGAUAUGAGCGCAAGAUGACCCAGAGGGUGGCUUCAGUGAUGAUCGGGGUGGCCUGGACACUGUCCAUCCUCAUCUCCUUCAUACCAGUGCAACUGAACUGGCACCGGGCUGGGGCAGAGGUGCUACAGGACAGGACCAACAGCACGGCCGACUGUGACUCCAGCCUCAACAGGACCUACGCCAUCUCGUCCUCCCUGAUCAGCUUCUACAUCCCUGUGGUGAUCAUGGUGGGCACUUACACCCGCAUUUACCGCAUCGCCCAGACCCAGAUCCGCAGGAUCUCAUCCCUGGAGAGGGCGGUGGAACACGCCCAGAGCUGCCAGGAGCAGACAGCAGACUGCCCACAUGAAGCUGCCCUGAAGACCUCCUUCAAGAAGGAGACCAAGGUGCUGAAGACCCUCUCCAUCAUCAUGGGGGUCUUCGUCUUCUGCUGGCUGCCUUUCUUCGUGUUGAACUGCAUGGUGCCCUUCUGUGCCCCGGCCCUGGCACAAGCAGGGCAGGGUCCCUGCGUCAGCGACACCACCUUCAACAUCUUUGUCUGGUUCGGCUGGGCCAACUCGUCCCUGAACCCGGUCAUCUACGCCUUCAACGCGGACUUCAGGAAGGCGUUCACCAGCAUCCUGGGCUGCUCUCGCCUCUGCCCCAGCAACGCGGUGGAGCCGGUCAACUUCAGCAACGAGCUGGUCUCCUACCACCACGAUGACACCACGCUGCAGAAAGAGCCUCCUGGCGGCUCAGCGGGGGCUAACCCGGGCAUCCUGCCCAACCAGUUGCCGCCCUCCCUCAGCGAGCCUUUCGACAAGGUCUCCAGCAUCUCCUCGGCUCCCAGCGCCAGCAGCAGCAGCAGCAGCCGGCGGCGCCCCAGGGAGCAGCUGCUGCUGCCGGGAGGGCUAUCGUACGAGGGCGAAGCUGAGAUCAGCCUGGACACCAUCACAGCGGUCUACCGCUGAACAGGCACCGACCCCCCCUGCCUGCCCCCCCCCCCUUCCCCCAGCAACC